AUGGAAAAAGAGAAGAAAAAAGAAAAAGAAAAAUGUACAUUAAGUUUGAUGAAAUCAGAAUGUUUUGGAGCGGAUGAAGAUGUUGUUGAACUUUCAGCAGAAAUAUUUUACAAAGCUUCAAGUCAGUGUACCAUCAACAAUAUCUUUUGUGCCCCUUUAGACAGAAAAAUGUUGUUUAAACUUAAGAAUUAA